CUCUGUUUUGACGUCUUUUCCGGUUCCGUUCUCUUCUCCGUGCCGUCCGUGGACCUAAACGUGUCCCGACAAAAUGGCACUUUAUAACUUUAAAAAGAUUAUGGUGGUUCCCACCGCCAAGGAAUUCAUCGACAUCACUUUGUCCAAGACCCAAAGGAAGACGCCCACGGUGAUUCACAAGCAUUACCAGAUCCACCGCAUCCGACACUUCUACAUGCGGAAGGUGAAGUUCACGCAGCAGAACUACCACGACCGGCUCACGCAGAUCCUCACCGACUUCCCCAAACUCGACGACAUCCACCCGUUUUAUGCUGAUCUGAUGAAUGUGCUGUAUGACAAAGACCACUACAAGCUGGCCUUGGGUCAGAUCAACAUCGCCAGGAACCUGAUCGAUAAUGUUGCCAAGGAUUACGUGCGUCUGAUGAAGUACGGAGACUCCAUGUAUCGCUGCAAGCAGCUGAAGAGGGCCGCUCUGGGUCGGAUGUGCACCAUCCUGAAGAGGCAGAAAUCCAGCCUGGAAUAUCUGGAACAAGUGCGCCAGCAUCUGUCCCGUCUGCCGAGCAUCGACCCGAACACCAGGACCCUGCUGCUGUGCGGCUACCCCAACGUGGGGAAGUCCAGCUUCAUCAACAAGGUGACCAGGGCGGACGUCGACGUGCAGCCGUACGCCUUCACCACCAAGUCUCUGUUCGUGGGUCACAUGGACUAUCGGUACCUCCGCUGGCAGGUGGUGGACACGCCGGGCAUCCUGGACCACCCGCUGGAGGAGAGGAACACCAUCGAGAUGCAGGCCAUCACGGCGCUGGCCCACCUGCGGGCGGCGGUGCUCUACGUCAUGGACCCGUCGGAGCAGUGCGGCCACACGCUGCAGGAGCAGCUGGAGCUGUUCAACAACAUCCGCCCGCUGUUCGCCAACAAGCCUUUAAUUGUCGUGGCGAACAAAUGCGACGUGAAGAAGAUCAGCGAGCUGUCGGAGGAGAACCAGAAAAUGUUCGCAGACCUCUCUGCAGAGGGCGUCCCCGUCAUCGAGACGAGCACGCUGACGGAGGAGGGCGUCAUCCGGGUGAAAACCGAGGCCUGCGACCAGCUCCUGGCUCACCGCGUCAGCACCAAGAUAAAAGGCAAGAAGGUCCACGACGUGCUCAACAGGCUGCACCUGGCCAUGCCCGCCAAGAGGGACGAGAAGGACCGACCGCCCUUCAUCCCAGAGGGAGCGCUGAACAGAAAGAAAGCCAUGCAGGUGGACACGCCCAAACGCAAGCUGGAGAGAGAUCUGGAGCUGGAGCUCGGUGACGAUUACAUCCUGGACCUCCAGAAAUACUGGGAUCUGAUGAACGAGGACGAGAAGCACGAUAAGAUCCCUGAAGUGUGGGAGGGCCACAAUGUUGCAGAUUACAUCGACCCCGACAUUAUGAGGAAACUGGAGGAGCUGGAGAAGGAGGAGGAGCUGAAGGAGCGAGCCGGGGAGUACGAAUCGGACGAGGAGAGCGAGGACGAAGAGAUGCAGGAGAUCCGCACCCUGGCCAAGCAGAUCCGGGAGAAGAAGCAGCUCCUGGUGCUGGAGUCCAAGGAGAAGGACGUACACGGACCCCGCAUGCCCAGAACGGCCACCAAGGUUGAAAAGAAGAAGCUGGAGAAGGAGAUGAGUAACCUCGGCCUGGACAUGAACGACAAGAACGAUAGCCACUACGCCCUGCAGGCCCGACGCUCCCGCAGCGCCACCAGGAAACGCCAGCGCGAAGCUUCGGCUCCUCCCACCUCCAGAACCCGCAGCCAGAGCGCGUCCCGUCCUCCGCGAGACCAGUCCGGCUUACGCGAUGGAAAGAUGGUGAAGAAGGCGAAGAGGAUGAUGAAGAACUCCCAGAGAGACAUGAACCGGCAGGCCAGGAAGGGAGAGUCCGACAGACACGUGUUCGACCUCAAACCCAAACACCUGCUGUCCGGCAAGAGGAAGUCGGGCACCAAAGAUCGCAGAUAAACACGGACUGAAACCAACAACCCGACUAUAUUAUCAGUUAUUUGCCUUUGCUCCCGAGACAGAAGCAGAGACCCAAGAACAGCUAUGAAACGCUUGAUUAUCAGAGUUACAUGAUGAUGUCAGAAAUCAAAUCUUUCUCCAAAAUUUCAUGCCGAACAGCUCGUUUAUUUGUGUGUGGAUCGGAGAGUACUCGGCGUUCUCUGGAUCAAACCACAGCGAUGUUUUCUGUAGAGUCUUCUGUUGUGGAAUACUCCUUGACAAGGAAGCCGAAUAAAGAAACGCCUGGACUCAAGUGA